AUUCCAAUUGGGGGCUCGUGGCCUAUCCCUCUCGCGUCCUUUUAAUCCACGAGUCUUGUCGGAAAAACGCAGAGGCGAGGUGCAGGUACACAGCUGCUGGGACGAAGUAUAUAAUCUAUUGGAAUUAAAACAAUGUGACUGCCGGAUUCAAAUAAAUGGAAUAUGGGGAAAGUCCUUAGCUAUUCAUUAUGGGAUUUUGGGGGAUGCCAUGGCCUACAGGAGACAUCUUCUCUCUGAGUGGAUACAGGCAAUAGGUUUUUAGGAUGCGUUCCCUGAGGAAGACAGUGUUGUUGGCCAUUGUGGCAUCAGUGGUGUUGGUGGUUGCCCUCCUCCAUUCUUGGCCCACCAGGGCCUACACCACAGUGGAUGUCCGCCAGAGACCAGGGCCUAUAGUAGAGAGGCACCUGGAGGAGAGGCUCCCAGAACCGGACCAAAGAUCAACCAACAUCGCUUAUCGCCUGAAGGAGAGUGUUGCAGGACUGUUGGCACGUAACGGGUGCGUGUGUGAGGGUGAGAGUGGUGGCGUGAACCUGCCCUUUGCCCAGCUGCUGUUCCCACGGGUGUCGGCCCACCCCCUGCACACUGCUUUUGAUGCCUCUGAGCUGGAGGAGAUGAAAAGACGGAGGGCCAAGGAGUACCAGGGCUUCCAGAUGAGGUCUCAGACUCCUGUAGAUAUGCUCAUUGUGGCCGAGGCCAACAAUCCUCUGCAGUACCCAACACAGGGGGUGGAAGUACGGCCCCUCAAAACCAUACUCAUCCCAGGGCUUGCCUUACAGGACCUUCCCAGAGAGCUGUACACAGUCAACUUCACCUCCACCCUGGGAGUGUUAAAUGUGGCAGCGGAAGUUGAGGGGGUAAAGGUCAAAGGUGACGGGGAGAUGCACAUGACCCUGAUGAGCAGCCUGCUGCCCAACCUGAAUCGGCAGUUACAAUUUGUCUCCUACACCAACACACUGUUCCACCCUAGUACAGCAGACACAGUGCAGUUUGAGACCGAGGGACACCAAGCCAUGUUCACCAUCAAGAUCCGUCAUCGUGUAACUCCAAAACUCUACAACACAGGACCCAAAGGGGAAUACAACAUCAGUGCCCUUGUUACGAUAGCAACCAAAACUUUCCUGCGCUAUGACAAGCUCCAAGAUCUCAUCGACAGCGUGCGACGAUACUAUCCCACUGUUACCAUAGUAAUAGCUGAUGACAGCGAAAACCCCAAGACUGUCUCUGGCCCCUACAUCGAACAUUACAUCAUGCCAUUUGGAAAGGGAUGGUUUGCAGGACGGAACCUAGCUGUUUCCCAGGUGACCACUAAAUAUCUGUUGUGGGUGGAUGAUGACUUCAUCUUCACGGCCAACACCAAGCUGGAGAAACUAGUGGACGUACUGGAGAAGACCACCCUGGAUCUGGUGGGUGGUGCAGUGCGGGAGGCCACAGGCUACACUGCCACCUACAGGCAGACCAUCUCCAUUGAGCAAGGGGAGGAGGAGGAGGGCGACUGCCUGCACAUGCGGAGGGCCUUCCACCACAUCAUACAGGGCUUCCCAAACUGUGUGGUCACUGACGGGGUCAUCAACUUCUUCCUGGCCCGCACAGACAAGGUCCAGCAGGUGGGCUUCGACCCCCGCCUGGCCAGAGUGGCCCACCUGGAGUUUUUCAUUGAUGGCCUUGGCUCGCUUCACGUGGGAUCCUGUGAUGAUGUCAUCGUCAAUCACGCCACCAAGAUCAAGCUUCCCUGGGUCAGCCAAUCAGAGAGUGACAAGACUUACGCCAAGUUCCGCUACCCACCAGCCUCCUCGGACGCCACACACACCAAAAAUGGCCUCCUCUAUUUUAAGAACCACUUCCAGUGUUUGACUCACAAUUAAAUGUCUUUUUUUUUUACCUGUAGCUUCUCCUCUCGUUCAAGAUUCCUGCUCUUCCUGAGUUGCCAAAGAAGCCCUCGCCCGAUGUGUCCCAUCAGAUAAGAUUUUAGACAACCACAUUACAUGCUUUCCCUUAAAAACAGCCUUGCUUGUUUCACUCUAGAGGGAUUGUCAUUCAAACAGAGCAAAGCUGUCAUUUCUCGUAACUUUGCUCUUCACUUGUGUACUCUUGAUUGUAAACUCAAGGUAGAGAUAAUUUUAAGGCAUUUACAGUGCAUUUGCCCCUUUGACAUUUUCCAUAUUUUGUUACGUUACAGCCGUAUUCUAAAAUAUAUUAAAUAGUUUUUCCCCCCUCAUCAAUCUACACACAUAUUGGGGCGGCAGGUAGCCUAGUGGUUAGAGCAUUGGGCCAGUAUCUGAAAGGUUGCUAGAUUGAAUUCCCGAGCUGACAAGGUAAAAAUCGUCGUUCUGAACAUCAUUGUAAAUAAGAAUGUGUUCUUAACUGACUUGCCUAGUAAAAUAAAUAUUGACAUAGCAAAACAGGUUUUUAGAAAGGUUUGCAAAUGUAUUAAAAAUACAAAACUGAAAUAUCACAUUUACAUAUGUAUUCAGACCCUUUACUCAGUACUUUGUUGAAGCAACUUUGGCAGUAAUUACAGCCUCUAGUCUUCUUGGGUAUGUUGCAAGCUUGGCACGCCUGUAUUUGGGGAGUUUCUCCCAUUCUUCUCUGCAGGUCCUCUCAAGCUCUGUCAGGCUGGAUGGGGAGUGUCGCUGCACAGCUAUUUUCAGAUCUCUCCAAAGAUUUUCGAUCGGGUUCAAGUCCGGGCUCAGGCGGGGCCACUCAAGGACAUUCAGAGACUUGUCCUGAAUUGAGUUGUUUUGGCAGUGUGCUUAUGGAUGUUGUCUUGUUGGAAUGUGAAACUUCGACCCAGUCUAAGGUCCUGAGCGCUCUGGAGCAGGUUUUCAUCAAGGAUCUCUCUCUGUACUUUGCUCUGUUAAUCUUUCCCUCGAUCCUGACUAGUAUCCCAGUCCCUGCUGCUGAAAAACAUCCCCACAGCAUGAUGCUGCCAACACCAUCCUUCACCGUAGGAAUGGUGCCAGGUUUUCUCCAGACUUCACACUUGGCAUUCAGUUCAAAGAGUUCAAUCUUGGUUUCGUCAGACCAGAGAAUCUUAUCUUAUCCUUUAGGUGCCUUUUGGCAAGCUCCAAGCGAGCUGUCAUGUGCCUUUUACUGAAGAGUGGCUUCCGUUUGGCCAUAAAGGCCACCUGACUGGUGGAGUGCUACAUAGAUGGUUGUCCUUCUAGAAGGUUCUCCCAUCUCCACAGAGGAACUCUGGAGCUCUGUCAAAGUGACUCUCUGGUUCUUGGUCACCUCUCUGACCAAGACCCUUCUCCCCUGAUUGCUCAGUUUGGCCAGGCGGCCAGCUCUAGGAAGAUUCUUGGUGGUUCCAAGCUUCUUCCAUUUAAGAAUGAUGGAUCCCACCGUGCUUCUACACCUGCAUUGCUUGCUAUUUUGGGGUUUUAGGCUGGGUUUCUGUACAGCACUUUGAGAUAUCAGCUGAUGUACGAAGGGCUAUAUAAAUACAUUUGAUUUGAUUUGUGCCUUUCCAAAUCAUGUCCAAUCAAUUUAAUUUAAUAAAUGGAAACAGGAUGCACCUGUGCUCAAUUUGAGUCUCAUAGCAAAGGGUCUGAAUACUCAUGUAAAUAAGGUAUUUCUGUUUUAAUUUUUUAAUACAUUUGCAAACCUUUCUGAACCUGUUUUCGCUUUCUCAUUAUGGGGUACUGUGUGUAGAUUGAUGAGGGGGAAAACUAAUUGAAUACAUUUUAGAAUAAGGCUGUAACGUAACAAGAUGUGGAAAAAGUCGAGGGGUCUGAAUCGUUUCAGAAUGCAGUGUAUGUGCGUUUUGUACCUCAAAUCUUAUCUGACGCCUUGCCACUGAGUCCUUUUGUUAAAGAGACAGAGAACAAAAAGAUGCUGAAUUCCUAUCGAUGGCACAAUUGGUUGAUAUUUAGGAAAAGGUGCAAGAAGUAGCAUUAGCCGCUUACAGGACUUAAUGAGGUGAAAAGGUUUCCAUACUGUUGCCAAGAGAUCAGAUAUGUGUGUAGUCUGUCAUUCCUGUUGUACUACACAGUUUGAGCUGGACUGAGCUCUAUGGGUCAGCCAAAUGGGGACUUAGGAGACUGAGGAUGGGAUUGACAGUCAGUAGAGAGGACACUUCUUAGCAUGUGAGAAUCUCUCAGACACAGCACAUGGAAGAUGAACACAUUCAAGACUCUAAAUGUGUGGUUAAUUCACCCUGGUUGUGCCAAAGGGUUUCCAGGUGGUUUGAGGUUGAAUUAUAUUUUUGUUUGGUUCGUUUUCCUGCCCCUUACCAGUGGUGUAAAGUACUUAAGUAAAAAUAAUUUAAAGUACUACUUAAGUAGUUUUGGGGGGGUAUUUGUACUUUACUGUUUAUAUUUUUGACAACUUUUACUUUUACUUCACUACAUUCCUAAGGCUAAUUAUGUACUUUUUACUCCAUACAUUUUCCCUGACAACCAAAAGUACUUGCAUUUUAAUGCUUAGCAGUACAGGAAAAUAGUCCAAUUCACACAUUAAUCAAGAGAACAUCCCUGGUCAUCCCUGCUGCCUCUUAUCUGGCAGACUCACGAAUCACAAAUGCUUAGUUUGUAAAUGAUGUCUGAGUGUUGGAGUGUGCUUCUGGCUAUCCAUUUAAAAAAGAAGAAAAUUGUGCCAUCUGGUUUGCUAAACAUAAAUUAUUUAUACUUUUACUUUUGAUACUUAAGAAUAUUUUUAAGGAUCAAAAGUAAAAGUUUUCCACCACUGCCCCUUACCCAGAACCCUCUGUGUCACUGUCACCCCUGUCUGGCCCAUGCAUGAGGAGAAUGAGGCUCAUCCAUCUGAUCUGGGAUCUAACCUCGGAACAAUAUCCCUAUUUCUCCUGGUCUGCUGCAAUAUGUCUAUCUGGGGUCUAUCCCACUCUGUUUUCUACUCCAAGCAUCAUAAAAAGGAACGCUUCUGUCCAUGCAUGCCUUUUAAUGGGAGUUGAGAUUGAUAGCAUUUUUACAGUGCCUUCAGAAAGUAUUCAUACUCCUUGACUUAUUCCACAUUUUUUUACAGCCUGAAUUCAAAAUGGCUUAAAUAUUUUUUUCUCACUCAUCUACAGUACACACAAUACCCCAUAAUGACAAAGUGAAAACAUAUUUUUUGACAUUUUUGCUAAUUUAUUGAAAAUUAAAUACAGAAAAUAUCUAAUUUACAUAAGCAUUCACACCCCUGAGUCAGUAGUUUGUAGAAGCACCUUUGGCAGCAAUUACAGCUGUGAGUUUUUCUGGGUAUGUCUCUAAGAGCUUUCUACACUUGGACUGUGCAAAAUGUACCCAUUAUUCUUUUCAAAAUACUUCAAGCUCUGUCAAAUUGGUUGUUGAUCAUUGCUAGACAACAAUUUUCAGGUCUUGCCAUAGAUUUCCAAGUAGAUUUAAGUGAAAACUGUAACUUGGCCACAUUCACUGUCUUCUUAGUAAGCAACUCCAGUGUAGAUUUGGCAUUGUCUUUUAGGUUAUUGUCCUGCUGAAAGGUGAAUUUAUCUCCCAGUGUCUAGUGGAAAGUAGACUGAACCAGGUUUUUCUCUAGGAUUUAGCCUGUGUUUAGCCCCAUUCUGUUUAUUUUUUUAUCCUGAAAAACUCCCCAGUCCUUAACAAUUACAAGCAUACCCAUAACAUAAUGCAGCCACCACUAUGCUUGAAAAUAUGUAGAGUGGUACUCAGUAAUGUGUUUAUUUAGGGCACAGGGCACAGAGAUGAGGUAAUCAUUCAAAAAUCAUGUUAAACACUAUUAUGGCACACAGAGUCCAUGAAACCUAUGUAACUUGUUAAGCAAAUGUUUACUCCUGAACUUACUUAGGCUUGCUAUAACAAAGGGGUUAAAUACUUAUUGACUCCAGACAUUUAAUCUUUUCAUUUUUAAUUAGUUAGUACAAAUGUAUACAAACACAACAGCAUUUUGACGUUAUGGGGUUGGGUGUGUGUGUGAGCCAUUUUAACUUCAGGCUGUAACACAACAAAAUGUCUAAAUACUUUCUGAAGGCUGUAUAUGCUGCCUCGAACAGAAGGGUUGGUUUGACCAAAGUGCUCAAUUCUAUAUGGAAAUAAACACACAUUGAAAGAG